AUGUCUACGCGAUUACGCCCCGACGAACCCACGCCAGUUGAUGAUAAUGACCCGGCAGUGGCCACACCGCCGGAGAACGCGCCUCCUAGGCGUCCGCGGUUUAUUGAACUACCUAUUACGGAUGGCCAGAUAGUGGUUGACGUAAGAAUGGUGUUGGGAAUUCCGGGAGAAGAUUCACUCCCAGGGGAUGCCUCGCUUCCGCCACAAAACACGGCGGGUGAGGAUACGAGUCUUCCGCGUGCAGCCAGGCCUCCGUUUAACAUAUCUGACCAGCUUCCUUUAUCUGAAGGGGUACAGUUCUACUCGGAAUCGACGGACCCGAUAUUUGUUAAUGACUCAAACGGUUCGGUUCCCUUGAUGACACACAUCAAUUCUCUUAACGAUAUUAGAGUUGGAGAUCAGAGGAUUCCAAUUAGUUCGGUUCUUCCGGUCAAUGUGCAUAGCGGUAUAUCCUCGUCCGACCAUAAGCGUCGCUCGUCGACCUCAAACAGUACACGUCGUCCACCGACCUUGAACAGUAUGCGUCCCCCGUCGGCCCCGAACAGUACACGCCGUCCGCCGCCCCUGAACAGUAUACGCCGUAUGCCGGAGUUGAAUAGUAUGCAUCCCCCGUCGGCCCUAGACAGUGCAAAUAACCCGCCGAUCAUGGAUAGUACAAGUCGUCCGUCAGCCUCGAAUAGUACACCUCGCUCGUCGGGUCUGAACAAUGUACGUCUCCCGUCGGACACGGACGUUGAAAAUAAUCAUGAUCAUAUCAAUAUUACAAUAGAGAUGAAAGUCGAUUAUGUCAGUGUAGAUAGUCCAGAUGGUUCAUCGCGCCAUUCGCGGCCCACCGUGAAUUGCGUUAUGGUACCGAAUCCUCAAUUUUUACCUAUUUCAGGAGAAAAUAUGGAAAUAAUUAGGCGAGCAAUAUUACCGCUUCAAUCGAGCUUAAAUUGUUUGUACGAAGCCGUCCAGACCUUCAAUUCGACUGCAUCCGCAGAAUUGGAACGGGAACAUGGCGAGCGUACGUUGCCGGAAGAACUGGAUGAACCACAGUCGUAUGAAGUAAAGGAAUUGCCUGGCAAAAAGCCCAAAAGUUCCGCAAUGGACCAACGCGAUGUUGGUUCGACAAGCCAACAGGACUCGGACAUUACGGGUGUACGCCCCCCCGCUCAAGCUGAUAAUGGAACCGAUCAGGAUAGAAGUCAAGACGAUCAAGAACGUUCAUACACUAUUAAUGACACUCGUAGGAAUCAAAUACUCAACGUACCGCGUGACAUCAAUGUGAAAACAUUGACUAUAGCCAAUUACAAUGUGCUCAAAACGGAAGUAAUGUCUGUUUAUUCGCUUGAUAAUCUAACUCGUUCUCCGAUCUAA